GGGGUGGUAGUAUUAGAAGCAAUUGUAAUUCAAUAGCUCAAGGCACACCCUUGUCCGCCAUUGUAAACCGGUCGGUGAAAGAAAUUUCUGUCAAAAAAGGAAUUACCAGUAAUUUACGGAUAUAUUCCUGCAAAAAACACCCAACAUCAAGAUUAUCUUAUAUUAGCAGGUGGACUUAACAGAAGGCAACCAUGCCCAAGCCGGUGAAUGUGCGCGUCACAACUAUGGACGCGGAGCUGGAGUUUGCCAUACAGCCAAACACCACAGGCAAACAGCUCUUUGAUCAGGUUGUGAAAACAAUAGGCCUUAGAGAAAUCUGGUUUUUCGGAUUACAGUAUAUAGACACAAAAGGUUACUCCACAUGGCUCAAGCUCAACAAAAAGGUAUUAAGUCAAGAUGUAAAGAAAGAGACACCAUUGCAGUUCAAAUUCCGUGCCAAAUUCUUCCCCGAGGAUGUCUCUGAGGAACUUAUACAAGAAAUCACACAGAAAAUGUUUUACUUACAAGUAAAAGAUGGUAUUCUCAAUGAUGAGAUCUACUGCCCACCCGAGACUUCCGUUUUGUUGGCAUCAUACGCAUGCCAGGCCAAAUUUGGAGACUAUAAUACCGAAGUGCAUGUAGAAGGCUUCCUUGCCAACGAAAGAAUACUACCAGAAAGAGUGUUCACCCAGCAUAAGUUAACGAGAGACCAGUGGGAGGAGAGGAUCAAGAACUGGUAUGCUGAACACAGAGGCAUGCUGAGGGAAGAUGCAAUGAUGGAAUAUUUGAAAAUUGCGCAAGAUUUGGAGAUGUAUGGUGUAAAUUAUUUUGAAAUCAAGAACAAAAAAGGAACAGAUCUGCUAUUAGGAGUUGACGCUCUCGGUCUUAAUGUAUAUGAAAGUACAGAUAGAUUAACACCAAAAAUUGGUUUUCCAUGGAGUGAAAUCAGAAACAUAUCUUUUAACGACAAAAAGUUUGUCAUUAAACCAAUAGAUAAAAAGGCACCAGACUUUGUAUUUUAUGCACCUAGAUUACGAAUCAACAAGCGUAUAUUAGCUUUAUGUAUGGGUAACCAUGAACUUUACAUGCGUAGAAGAAAACCGGAUACGAUAGAAGUACAACAGAUGAAGGCUCAAGCCCGUGAAGACAAAAUGGCCAAACAGACAGAAAAGGCUCGUCUUGAGAUUGAGAGACAAAAACGUGAUGAUGCAGAACAGAAGAGAAAAGAGCUGGAAGAUAUGUUGGAAAAAUACAAGGAGGAAAGUGAACGCAACAGAAAAGCUCUGGAAGAGUCAAACACCCGUAUUGACAGUCUUUCGAAGGUUGUAGAUGAUUACAAUAAGGCACAGGAAGAUAUUGCAGAACAGAGACGUAAGGCUGAGGAACUGGAGAUGCAGCUUCAGGAGACAGCACACAUGCACGAGGAGGAGAAAGCCAGACUGGAGAGGGAGUACCUUGCAGCAAAGGCAGAAAUUGAACAAAGUGAGUCUAAACUGACUGAGAAGGAUGAUGAGAUGAAUCAGAUGCAAGCAGCAUUGGCAGAAGCUAAGGAGCAAGCCCAGCGUGACCAGGAGGCUCUCUUGCAGGCAAUGUCACAGAUGCACGUCAAGGAUGAGGAAAGCGAACAAGACCAGGAACAUGGAGAUGCCAACUUACAAGAGUAUGAGAAUAUGGAAAACAUGCCUCGGCCAGAGGAAGACAGAGAAAUUGAAAUUGAAAAGAAUAAGAGGCUGCAGCAGCAACUUCUGGAGCUGCAGGCUGAGCUUAAAAAUACCAAGGAUGAAGCUAAACAGACUCGCAACGAUGUUCUCCAUGCUGAAAAUGUGAAGCAGGGACGUGAUAAAUAUAAGACACUGAAGCAGAUCCGUUCUGGAAAUACAAAGAAACGGGUUGACGAGUUUGAGUCAAUGUAAUCUUCAUAUCAUUUUAGAUACUUUAUAUUAUAUUGUAUAACAAGACUACUCAUACACAAUUCACGAAAUGGAAUGUAACUAGAACAGAAUGGAACACACAAACCUUCAGUAUACAACAAGGAUCUUGUGCACAGAGCUAUGCACUGUCAUCGAGCUUAGGCAGCAGUUAUCAGAAUGCAUUUGAAAUGUCACUGUAAACACAGUAUUUCUAGGAGUGCAUCAUUUGAGAAGCUUACUGAAACUUUAAAUGAGAGUUGAUACUUUGUUAAACAUCCAGGAAGACAAUAAGCCUGUCAUUGUUAUGGUUUAUAGAGGUUCUGUAUUUAUGUAUAUGUAUAGGUGAUGUUAAUGUAAAUGCUAGAAAAAAGGAUUGGGCUGUACAGUUGCAUCUAGACAUUCAAGUUUGAUCCCCGGAAGUAACCACCAGUAUAUAUUUUGUUAUUGUUUUACUACAUAAAAAUGGCCUGAAUGAUCAAAUUUGAUUAAGAACGCUUGUUUUCAUACAUAUAUAGGCAAAUGUAAUCUUUAGUGGUAUUAAGUAGAUACAAUGUAUUUUUUUUUUUUUUUUUUUGAGAAGUUUAAGAUUAAACUCUUGAAGAGCUUACAAUCAAUUCCACGAAAUGUUUGUUGAAGUAUUUUGUUAAAGGAUAAAGUUUAUACACUGAAAGUGCUAUAGAAAACUGCCUGUUGAAGAAUGGGACCAAAAUUGCAAAGCAGACAGUAAAAAUAUUGAAAGGAAAAAGUAAAUUUUCCUGCUAUUUUUAUCAUAUAUACAACAAAAUUAUUGUGUGUUUAAUAUAUUGUAUAAAAGGUGUAGGUAUCAGAUACUAGAUGUGUGUUCUAUAUUCUUUCAUUUUAUCCUGAAAGAAAGACUUAAUUGGUAUCAUAGACAUUUAGAGGACAGAAUAAUUCCAUUUGCAUUUUUAGUGUUGAAAUUGUAGUAACAGUCACAUGGAAUUUAGGGACAAUUUUUUUUUCUGAAGUAGGAAUUAAGUAAAGGGCUAGAAUAAACAUUGGUUUAAAUAGCAGGUCUUGUGUAAUAUCGUAAACUGUGCUAUGCAUUGCGAUCAUUGUCUUCCUAGGAAAAUGAAGUUCAUGAAUAUUAAAAUUAAAUUAUAAAUCAUAAUAAUGCAUGCCUUUUGAUGAAAUUUAAUUGAAUAUGAGACCUGAGAAAUCAAUGGUUUAAUUAUUUCAGCCUUAUUUGAAUUCAUUUCAAUUGUAGAUAGAUAUAUAGCCAGGAUCAUGUCUUUUUAAUGCACUCAGCUUUCCUAUUUACCCUUCUUGCAGAGUGAUUGUGUUCAGUCAUAAUUAAUUUGAGCUGUUCUGCAGGAAAAUUGGGCUUAUUGAUCUGAAUGAACAUUGUUUUGAGAUUGGAACAUGUACUGAAAUGAGGCAAGUGAUAUAGCUGUUUGAAUACAAUGUAAAGUUUUGUUUUUUUUCCAUCUUGAAAUAGAAUACAAACUAUGGAAAGCCGACAUGGUGAGUCCUGAUUUUCCUGGAAAGCGGUUCAUUUGUUUGUUAUAUAUAGAUUCAUGAUCAAAUUUGAUUGUUGUUCAUGUAAAAUAUUGCCAGAGAAAAUUAUAUAUUUUUGUGCUAUAUUACACACGUUUGAUAGCUAGGCUUUGUUCAAAUUUUCAUGCAUUCAUACCCCCAUAUUGUUGUACAGAUUUUCUUAGACAAUAAAAACUCAUUUGAUACAAGGAAUGUAGUUUUUUGGCAGUAAGAAUGUUAACGACUUAGUACUUAGAUAAAGACAGCUUAGCCUGGUGUAUUCAAUGCUGAAUGUAUGCCUGCUCAAAAAUAAGCUUUCCAAACCCUUAUGAUACGGUAGAAAUUUCAGCUUUAAUGUAUAUUGUUCAGUACUUGAAGGGUGCAAAACGAAGAUGCCCCUUAUUUUUCACUUGCCAAAUUAAUGCUAUAGAAUAUUGAUUAAAUUGUGAAAUUUUAACAACUGCUCACACUAUAAGUUGAUAUAUUUGAACAUGUUAAAGUCAAUUCAAAUGUUAUGAUACACAACACGUUUUUGAGAUCUAGAGUUAGUUAUGAGUAGCUAUUGAAAUUAUAGUGUAUAUGGAAUUGUGAUGUGAUUUAUAUUCUUUAUCAUUAAGUGAUUUAUAUAUUUUGUUGCUAUGGCAAUAGGUUUCAUUUCAUUGACUCUUGUUUCUAUAGCAACAAAAUGUUUGUAUUCACAAUGCAACAUUUAAACAGAAUUGUUAGUAUGAUUACAUGUAUUAUUUUUGUACGUAAAAUUCCACUAGCCUUAAACCAUAUAAGCAGUAAGUAACAACCUUUUAAUAUUUUGUAUGUAACAAGAUAUUCUUGUUGUCCGUUUUCUUUCCUGUGAAAUCACAAGUAAUGGCCAGUGCUUCUCUUUCCCUCCCUCUCUCUCUUCAGCCUUGGUUAAAUCUGUGUAGACCGGCAUUCAUUUUGUCUAUAUGUGAAGCUUCUAUACUUUCUGCAAGUCAGAUAUGUGAACCCUAUGAUAUUUAAAUAAAUUGAAACGGACUACGGCAAUUUCUUACUGAUUUUCUACAGUAAUAGUCAGUGUUUCUGCUUGUUCUACAGCAUAUAUUUGUGUUUGUAGUCUGUCUCAUUCAUAUUGGUGAUAACUUGUACAGAUUUCACAAACCAUGUUAUUUGAUAAAAAAAAGACUUGUAUAAUCUAUCUCUUGAAAGCAAAACUAAUAAAUUUAAAUCAUUCCAAAA